AUGACGACUACAUUGAAGGCCAUUCCAUGGCUGGCUUACCACGCCUAUCCGGUUGCCAUUUGUACUGUCCUGAUUUUAGUUGUUUUACCUCGCGUUUUACGUGCUUUGUUAUCUCCAGUUCGCCAAGUCCCUGGGCCUUUUCUGGCUAGGUUUACGCGUCUAUGGUACUUCCGUCAAGUGUUUCGUGGUGACUUCCAUCAAGUUAAUAUACAGCUCCACCGCAGAUAUGGCCCAAUUGUUAGGAUCGCCCCAAACGAAUACAGUUUUGAAGACCUGCAGGCUGUCAAAACGAUUUAUGGCCAUGGCACAAAGUUUGUCAAGGCACCUUGGUAUAAUGCAAGUGGAGAUCCAUCUAAGCACCCUCGCAUGAAUCUUUUUACAGAUAGGGAUAUGAAGAGCCAUGCAGACAAUCGUCGAAAAGUUGCAAACCUUUACAGCAUGACAGCACUUCUUAAGAUGGAACCUUCUGUCAACUCCUGUAUCGAGAUUGUUCUGCAAAGAUUUGAUGAAUUUGCUUCUUCAAAGCAACCUAUCAACAUGCACCACUGGCUGCAGUGCUAUGCAUUCGAUGUCAUCGGUCUUAUCACAUUCUCGCGUCGAUUCGGAUUCCUUGACAAAGGAGAAGAUAUUGAACAGAUCAUGAAGACCAUUCAUUAUUUUCUUCAGUAUUCUACUCUAGUUGGCAUAUAUAAUGAAUGGCACAAGUAUCUUUUCGGUCUCAAUGCAAUGGUACGGUUCAAGGGAAUGAAAAAUAUUGUUGCAUUCUCCCUUGACCGGAUAAAGAGAAACAGUGACCGAGAUAAAGGAGAGGGUGAGUUAGAAGAAGAUUUUCUGUCUACAGCUCUUGCUCUACAUCGAGCUGCGCCAGAUAAAUUCUCCAUGGGUGAUGUCAUCUCUACUUGUAGCGCCAACGUUGGUGCUGGAAGUGAUACCACGGGCAUAAGUUUAAGUUCCAUCCUAUACUAUCUUGUACGGAACCCUCUCACACUUCGCAAACUGCGGGCAGAAAUCGAAGGAGAAACACAGCGCGGAACCACCUCCAGUCCUAUCACAUUCCAAGAGGCUCAGAAGAUGCCUUAUCUGCAAGCAGUAAUCAAAGAGUCGCUGCGUCUCCACCCUGCCACCGGCUUGCCGCUCGCGCGCGUCGUACCAGCGGCCGGAGCCGUGAUUGCUGGUACCAGGUUUCCAGGAGGAACUAUUGUCGGCGUCAACACCUGGGUGGCGCAUGCCAAUGCUUCGAUUUUUGGCGACGACGCGAGAACCUUUCGGCCUGAAAGGUGGCUGGAGGAUGAUGAGACGACUUCGAAGUUAAACAGGUUCUGGAUGCCGUUUGGGGUUGGAUCUAGGACCUGCAUUGGCAAAAAUAUCAGUUUGCUAGAAAUAUCGAAGUUGAUACCAGAGUUAAUAAGGAGAUAUGACUUCGAAUUUAUUGGAAUGGAUGGUGGUUUGGAGACUCAGAAUGUUUGGUUUGUUAAGCCAACCAAUUUCUUCUGCAAGAUAAUGAAACGAGAGCCUUCAAGUCUUUGAGGUUCAGGAGCAAGGGCAUUUCGUCAGAUAAGUUUUUUAAAAAUACAAAAUUGCAGAUCAAGGACGGUGGAAUUUGAAAGCUGGGGAUUGGCACUGUAUGCCACUUGCCUGGCUUAGCUGUGCUCACCUUCCUCGC